CUUUCAGUUGCUGCUCUGGCUGCACAGUCUGUACGCAUGUAAAUAUACCCGCUGCACCGGCUUGUGUCUCUAAUUUGUACAGAAAACCCAGCGGAUCUCAACUAUUGCAGUCACUUUCCUGGGCUGGGACCUUUAUGUAGAGGUGAUCCAGUUUGGUUGCUGAAACUCCAUCAUGGACAAGCAGGACAGACAGGAUGACCACAAAAUGAACGACUCACAGAAAACCCCUGAAAAGAAGCAAGCUCUCACAACCUGCCUGUUCAGCGCAGCCUUCUUCGGGGCACUGGGUUCAUCUUUUCUUUACGGCUAUAACCUCUCUGUGGUCAAUGCACCUGCUUCGUACAUUAAAGAGUUCUACAAUAAGACCUGGAUGGAGAGAUAUGGGGAACCUAUUCCUUCAGAAACAUCCACUCUUUUAUGGUCCAUAACUGUGUCCAUAUUUGCCAUCGGAGGCCUUCUUGGAACUCUGUCGGUCUCUUUGAUUAUUAAAGUAGCUGGGCGAAAGGGAACCUUGCUGCUGAAUAACUGCUUUGCUGUGACGGCUGCUUUGUUGCUGUCACUGGGUGAGAUGUCAAGAUCUUUUGAGAUGCUCAUCAUCGGCCGGAUCGUUAUAGGCGUGAACUCAGGUAUAUCACUUAGUGUCCUCCCGAUGUACCUGGGAGAGAUUUCCCCUAAACAUAUCAGAGGCUCCAUUGGCCAGUUCAACUCCAUCCUGAUCUGCUUGGGCGUGUUCACAGGACAAGUGUUGGGUCUGCCCGAGCUCUUGGGUCAGGAGUCCAGGUGGAACUACCUGUUUUCCUUCCUGGCGUUUCCAGCAGUGCUGCAGCUGUGUGUCCUACCCUUCCUCCCUGAGAGUCCCCGCUACCUGCUGAUGGAGAAGAAGGACGAGGCAGGAGCAGAGAAAGCUUUUCAGAAGUUUUUGGGGAAGACGGAUGUGUCCCAGGAGCUGGAAGAAGUCCACGCGGAGGCACGAGCUCAGGACAACGUGAACGCUGUCUCUGUGUUGCAGCUGCUGAGGAGCCCAGCUGUUCGCUGGCAGCUCAUCACCAUCAUCAUCACCAUGGCUUGCUAUCAGCUCUGCGGACUCAACGCUAUCUGGUACUAUACUAAUGGGAUCCUACGGGAAGCAGGGUUUGCAGAGCACUUGCUCCCUUACGUCACACUGAGCACGGGGGGUAUAGAGACUCUGGCCGCCAUCUUCUCAGGUCUGGUGAUUGAGCGGAUUGGGAGAAGACCCCUCCUUAUAUUUGGUUUCUCCUCCAUGGCUGUAUUCUUCAGCCUGCUGACAAUUUUCCUCAACUUCCAGGACAGGGUUUCAUGGAUGCCAUAUCUCAGUUACAGCUGCAUACUGGCUGUCAUCGCAGGCUUUUGCUCGGGACCAGGUGGCAUCCCAUUUAUCCUGACUGGUGAACUGUUUGAACAAUCCUACAGACCUGCUGCUUUCAUGAUCGCCGGUACUGUGAAUUGGUUGUCCAACUUUGCCGUGGGCCUCUUAUUCCCCUUCAUUCAAGAAAAGCUGCAGUCAUUUGCCUUCCUGGUGUUUGUGGCUGUCUGCACCCUGGGAUCCAUCUACCUCUGCGUUGUCCUCCCUGAAACCAAAAACAAAACCUUCAUGGACAUCAGCCAGAGCUUCGCUAAAAUCAACAAAAUGCCAGAGCUUUCACCUGGCCAGGAGAUGGAACUGGUCCUGUCCAUUGCGCCCGAGAGCGAGAAAGCGGCAGAUGUCCAAAAUACGGAGAUUUCCUUAUGAGCUAACGAGCGACACUAAUUAUAGAAAAAAACUUAUAUAUAUAUAAGUUUUUUUAUAUAACAGAAAAACUUAUAUAUAUAUAUAAGAGGAUAUAA